AGCCGUCAGACCGGUCGUUGCGCCAGUGGGGUUGUAAUCGCAUCCUCUUGCUCGUCCCUGUGUUUGAAUCCGACCCGUAACGGUGGGGAAAGAAAAUGGCCCUGCUGUGCUACAACCGGGGCUGCGGUCAGCUCUUCGACCCCGAGACCAACUCCGACGAUGCUUGCACAUACCACCCAGGUGUUCCAGUCUUCCAUGAUGCCUUAAAGGGUUGGUCUUGCUGUAAGAGAAGAACAACUGAUUUUUCUGAUUUUUUAAGCAUUGCAGGCUGUACAAAAGGUAGGCAUAAUAGUGAGAAACCACCUGAGCCAGUCAAACCUGAAGUCAAGACUACUGAGAAGAAAGAACUUUCUGAAUUGAAGCCUAAGUUUCAGGAGCACAUCAUUCAAGCCCCUAAACCAGUAGAAGCAAUAAAAAGGCCAAGCCCAGAUGAACCAAUGACAAACUUGGAAUUAAAAAUAUCUGCCUCCCUAAAACAAGCACUUGAUAAACUUAAACUGUCAUCAGGGAAUGAAGAAAAUAAAAAAGAAGAGGACAGUGAUGAAAUUAAGAUUGGGACCUCAUGUAAAAAUGGAGGGUGUUCAAAGACAUAUCAAGGUCUGCAGAGUCUAGAUGAAGUCUGUGUAUAUCAUUCUGGAGUACCUAUUUUUCAUGAAGGGAUGAAAUACUGGAGCUUUUGUAGAAGAAAAACUUCAGAUUUCAAUACAUUCUUAGCCCAGGAGGGCUGUACAACAGGGAAACACGUGUGGACUAAGAAGGAUGCUGGGAAAAAAGUCGUUCCAUGUAGACAUGACUGGCGUCAGACUGGAGGUGAAGUCACCAUUUCAGUAUAUGCUAAAAAUUCACUCCCAGAACUUAGCCAAGUAGUAGCAAAUAGUACAUUGUUAAAUGUGCAUAUUGUAUUUGAAGGAGAGAAGGAAUUUCAUCAAAAUGUGAAAUUAUGGGGUGUGAUUGAUGUAACACGAAGUUAUGUAACUAUGACUGCAACAAAGAUUGAGAUCACCAUGAGAAAAGCUGAGCCUAUGCAGUGGGCAAGCCUUGAACUGCCUGCAACCAAAAAGCAGGAAGAACAAAAAGAAGAUUCAACAGAAUGAGUUGACGGGGGAAAAAAUGAUUGCCUGUUUCAGAAUUCUUAGUAUGUGGUAAAAUGUUGGCUUGCUGCUGUAA